GAAGAGCGGGGAGUGGGAGCAAACAGGGGGAAUAACACUUGAAGAAAGCAUACAGAGGAGAGGAAGGACAGUACCUAGUGCUUUGGACAUCCCCUCCUUUCUUCUCUCAGGCUGUCACAUCAGAUUGGACUCCGAAGGACCGACACCGCGUCCACCCCAGACCCCAUGGGGUAACAGCAGACGUUUUGAGGAGAGGCUUUUGUUCAGCUACACAGAUGAACAACAGGAAGGAGGACAUGGAGAUCUCCUCUCACUACCGUCAGCUCCUCCGAGAGCUCAAUGAGCAGAGGCAGCACGGCAUCCUCUGCGACGCCUGUGUCAUUGUGGACGGAAAGAUCUUCAAGGCCCAUAAGAACGUCCUCCUGGGCUCCUCGCGUUACUUCAAGACUCUUUACUGCCAGGUUAAAAAAGGGGCAGAGCCUCACCACCAGACUACUGUCACUCACCUGGACAUCGUCACGGCGACAGGCUUCAAAGCCAUCCUGGACUUCAUGUACUCAGCGCACCUCGCUCUCACCAGUAAGAACGUGAUCGAAGUCAUGUCAGCCGCCAGCUACCUGCAGAUGACAGACAUUGUCCAGGCCUGCCACAGCUUCAUCAAAGCUGCGCUGGACAUCAGCAUCCGCUCUGAGAUGGCUGACGAACUGGCUGACUUUGAAAUGGGAGCUGUCGCUGCUGCCAGCAUAGGUGGAGGAGGUGGCGCAGGUGGAGGAGGAGUGGGUAUAGCGGGAGCAGGGGGUGUUGCAGGAGCAGGUUUAGGAGGAGGAGGAGGAGGGAUUGUGGGCAUGGCUUCUGAAGCCCUGGCCUCCAUCAUGUCUGGUCGCAGCACCUCCCCUUGGCUGGCGCGGCGCACCAGCCCGGCCAACUCUUCUGGGGACUCGGCCAUCGCCAGCUGCCACGAGGGAGGCAGCACGUAUGGCAAGGAGGACCAAGAACCCCCCAAGAGCCACGAGAGCCAGGAGGAAGCCUGCCACGACUCCCAGCCCGCCUGGCCCCAUGACUACAGGCCUGUCACCGUCAAAGAGGAACAGGUGUCCCCCGCAUCCUCCUCUCAUCCACGGGACGCUCCCAGGGGGGCAGCCCAGAGCCAGGGGGAGCAAGGGACUGGGGGGGCUGCUGGAGGAGGUGGAGAGGGGCCCUGGCAACCCCUAUCAGGGUCAGGGCGGAGGAAGAACAGGAAGAACAAGGACACGGUCAGACAUAUUACCCAGCAGGCCGAGAGGAACUGGGACAGAGAGCGGGACAGGGAGAGAGACAGGGACAGUAGGCCUGGGUCUCCUCUGCCCUCCAUGCUGGCUGUGGCUGGAUGGAACUACAACGGACAGGACAUCCCAGGGGCAGACGUGACCGAACCCAACAGCUCAGACAGCCGCGGCGAACGCCUCGACUUCUUCCUCAAACAGGAAGAGGCUCUCACCGCAGAGCCCGGCUUCAUGGGUCCCAACGAAUCGGAGGAGGCCGGGGGAGGAGCCGUGGGUGGAACCAUCUCAUCCGUAGCCAAUCUGAAGGCGGCGCUGAUGAGUAAGAACAGCCUGCUGUCGCUGCGGGCUGAGAUGAUGGGAGAUGAUAACCCCCUGCUCUACGAGUACCUGCCCAAAGGAGGACACUCCCUGUCGUUGAAUGACUUCACAGUGAUCCGUAAAAAGUUCAAGUGCCCCUACUGCAGUUUCUCUGCUAUGCACCAGUGCAUCCUAAAGAGGCACAUGCGCUCUCACACUGGUGAGAGGCCCUACCCCUGUGAAAUCUGUGGCAAGAAGUUCACCAGAAGGGAGCAUAUGAAGAGGCACACACUGGUCCACAGCAAAGACAAGAAGUAUGUAUGUAAAGUGUGCAGUCGAGUCUUCAUGUCAGCAGCCAGUGUCGGAAUCAAACACGGCUCCCGUCGCCAUGGCGUCUGCGCUGACUGCUCCGGCCGGGGCAUGGCCGCACUGCUGGACCACAACGGGGAGGUGGGUGGAGACAUUUCUCCGGAGGAAGAGCUGUAUCCCGGCGAUCGUUUCCACGAUGACCAGGCAGAGUGUGAUGGCGAUGGAGAGGGGGAGGAGGAGAUGAUGGUGGAAGGGGACGGAGAAAUGAUGGGAGAAGGGGAGGAAGAAGGAGGGAAGUGGAAGGACUCAGGGAUGACCACUGAGGCACAUGGAGCACUGGACAAUGAGAAGGAGGAGAGUGACUCCUCGGCACAGGAGGGGGAGCAGCAGAAUGGGAGUGAGAGGGACUUUGCCUGGAUCUCCUAGAACCUGUUAGGCUCCUGUUAGUGGCUCGUCAACCAAUCUCUGAAGAUCUCUUGCGAUCUCUUGGGCAGAAAACUCUGCUCUCUUUACCCAUUCGUCCCACCGUGGGCAGGCCUUCCUUUGAAUGGAAAUGCUGUAGGGUGAUGCGCGACAAUGAUCUAAAACCAUUAUGAGUAUCACACUCAAACGCACACACACACA